GUACAUGACUUUGGUCCUCUAGCUAUUGUUUGACACAUAAUUUUUUUGCAUCCUGGCUAGCCAGCGGCAAGAACCAUGUCUACGAUGAAACUACCCGUGCACCACUACAACAUGACAUCCGAAGUGGCUGCCAAAUUUCGGAAGGGGGCUGAUGACUUCUUGCAGCAGGUUGGCUUGACAAAGAAUGGCAAGAAGUUCGGCUACCUCAAGCUGUAUGUGCACAGUUUACAGUGCUGUGGAACAGCCACAAAAGCAGACUUUGAUGGUCUCACAAAGAUUGCAGAAGAUAGCCGAGAGCUUAACCUUGUCCAGGCCAUGGCCUGGAAAGGACUGGGGGUCUUUUGGCUUCUCAAGGGUGAUCAACAUGAAUCCGCAGAGUGCUACCGCCGAGCAGCGAUAUUCAUAGGAAACGUCUCGUACAAGGAAAAGGACAAGUUUAUUUGCGCUUCUGUGAAGAAUGAAAACCCACCAAAAUACCGGAGCGUGAGUUCCUUGUUGCCCGAUCUUAAAGUUGAGCUCACGGUGGCCUUGGCAGCCCUGAAAGUCACUGCAGCGGAAACCAACAGUGAAUGGAAUGACGCGGUGAUUCUUCGAUAUCGGUUCCAUGAAGUCGAGGUGUUCUCCUGUCACGUUCCUGCAGCGCAGCCUGAUCUAGCAAAGAGACUGGAAGUGGGAGGCUUUGCCUGCGAUUGUUGUGGCAAGUCUCAAGAGGAGUUUGGGCAGGUCCGAAUGAAGUGUUGUUCCCAGUGCAACAUGGCCUACUACUGCUCUGCUGAGUGUGAAGCAAAAGCAUGGAGAGCUGGUCACCAUCGGGCAUGCAGGCCGGUUGGGGCAAUCCAAGUAGGAGAUAUCAUGCAGCUUGUUCCAUCCAAGUCAUUAAAGCCAGAACUCAAUAGUGAGCUCGUCAAGAUUGUGGAAGCAGAUAUCAAGAAGAAGAAGGGCCAUUGGAAGGUACAACUCCUUGUGAAUGAAGCUGGCAAUAAGCAUGGUAUCGAGGGGCAGAUGAGCAUCAAGGCAUCCCAGGUGAUUCACAUUCGACCUGCAAAGUAGCAACGGACACAGAGGGAGCAACGAUGCAUCAUUUUCGCGGCAAUAGACUAUAACUAAAAAGCUAUUGAAACGUACCGGUACCAGGUACCGUACGGAAUCG